AUGGCGGACUCUGAGUUGCCCACCCGUCCCAAGCCCGAGGAGACCCCCGCGGCCGCUCCCGCCGAGGGCGAGACCAAGAAUGCUAGCAAGAACGCUGCUAAGAAGGCCGCGAAGGAGAAGGCUAAGGCUGAGAAGGCCGCUGCACGAGCUGCCCAGGAGAAGGCUCAGGCCGCCGCUCAGGAAGCCAACGACACAGCUAAGGACCUCUACGGCCCGCUCCCCGAGACCGAGGACGUCAUCUCUUCCACCCGAUUCAGCCAAUUGACAGAAGAUUCUUACGAGAAGGAGGUCACCGUUGUCGCGCGUGUCGACAAUGCCCGUGUCCAGAGUGCCAAGCUGGCUUUCUUGAUGCUGCGCCAGCAGGGUCAGAAGGUCCAGGCCGUCAUUGCCGCCGCCGAGCCCAUUUCCCGCCAGAUGAUCAAGUACACCGGUGGAUUGAACGUCAACUCGAUCAUCCAGGUCACUGGUAUUGUGAAGAAGCCUGAGAUCCCGAUCUCCUCCGCGUCCAUCCAGAAUCUGGAGCUCCACAUUCGCAAGGUUUACAUGAUCUCCGAGGCUGCGCAAAUGCUGCCCAUGCAGGUCAAGGAUGCUGAGCGCCCGCCCCCUACCGAAGAGAAGGAGAACGAGGUUGACGAGUCCGGUGCUCCCAUCGUUACUCUUAAGACUCGUCUUGACAACCGAGUUCUGGACCUCCAGACCGAGACCAGCCAGGCUAUCACCUGGAUUUCCAGCGGUGUUGCAGAGCUCUUUGCUGAAUACAUGAUCAAGAGCGGCUCGCGAUGGAUCUUCACUCCCAAGUUGGUCGGUGCAGCCACUGAGGGUGGUAGCAACGUCUUCGAGGUCAAGUACUUCAAGCGCAUGGGUUACCUGGCCCAGAGCCCCCAGCUGUACAAGCAGAUGUGUAUUGCUGGUGACAUGGAGAACGUCUUCGAGAUUGCCCCAGUGUUCCGUGCCGAGGACAGCAACACUCACCGUCACUUGACUGAGUUCGCCGGUCUCGAUUUCGAGAAGACCUUUGAGAAGCACUACCACGAGGUUUUGGAGUUCGCUGAGGACCUGCUGGUCUUCAUCCUGGGUCAACUCAAGGCCCGCUACGCCGCCCAGAUUGCUAUUAUUCAGAAGUCCUACCCCAAGGCCGGUGACUUCAAGCUGCCCAAGGAUGGCAAGGCUCUGCGCUUAAACUACAUGGACGGUGUCGAGCUGCUGAAGGCCGCUGGCGUUGACAUGUCCGAGCAGGAGCGUUUCGAGAACGAUUUCUCCACUGCCCAGGAGAAGCAGCUCGGCCAGAUCAUCCGUGAAAAGUACGAUACUGAUUUCUACGUGCUGGACAAGUUCCCCAUGGCUGUCCGUCCCUUCUACACCAAGGCCGACCCCAAGGAUGCCCGCUUCUCUAACUCUUACGACUUCUUCAUGCGUGGUGAGGAGAUCAUGUCCGGUGCUCAGCGUAUCAACAACAUUGAUGAGCUGGAGGCAUCCAUGCGCUCCAAGGGUCUCGACCCCACCCAGGAGGGCUUCGAGGAUUACCUCAACGCUUUCCGACAGGGAUGUCCUCCCCACGCCGGUGGUGGUCUCGGUCUGAACCGUAUUGUUAUGUUCUUCCUUGGCCUGCCCAACGUUCGCUUGGCAUCGCUGUUCCCUCGUGAUCCCCAGCGUCUGCGUCCUUAG